AUGCCAAGCUCGUCUAUUACCCUACCACCAUGGGAGGAGAUUAUUCCCAUUGCGGAGCUAUAUUUGCUAUACUGUGACUCUCAGCCUUUACCUCUUUUCUACAGGGAUAGCUUUCUUUCCACUCUGCAGACACGCGACACAGAGCUUCUUUUUGCUAUAUUGGCACUUGCCUUUCGCUUUUCAUACACUUACCGCAACAGGGCCGAUUCCACCAACCUGAUAAAUAGCUAUGCUGAGGUUGCUCGAGGCCUCGUUAUGAAAAGAGUCUCAGAAGGGCCAGUCGAGCUUUCGACGCUUCAAUGUCUAUGUAUUCUGAGCUUGGUCGACUUCACGAGUACGAGCUCAACAUUUCCAACAUUUAAACCUGAGCUAAUAGUAUCUACCAGACGGUAA